UGUUGGCUAGUGGAGCCAUUUACGCAACGCAACGCAGUUUGAAAAAAAAAGGUUAGCCAAAUAACAAUGGCGACCCAACCAGGCGGGCUCGGCGGAGGAAUAAGCAGCAGUCAGCCGAGUGGCAGCAGUGCCUCUCCGGGAUGGAGAAAGGACGGCACCCCCUCGGCCAAGUUCUGGGAGAGUCCAGACACGGUGGCACAACUGGAGGGUGUUCGGCUGUGGAUUGGGAAGCACUACAAGAAGUAUGUGCAGGCGGAUGCUCCAUCAGGCAGGGCGCUCGGCUCGCUGGUGGUCCAGCUGCUCCAGUUUCAGGAAGAGGCUUUUGGACGGCACGCCACCAACCCCUCACACACCAAACUACCCACGAGGUGUUUCAUGGACAUGGCACCAGGAGGCGCUCUCUGCCACAUCCUCGGCACCGUCUACAAGUUCAAGCUGGACCAGGGCUGGCGGAGGUUUGACCUGCAGAAUGCGUCUAGGAUGGAGCGGAACGUUGAGAUGUUUGUGGCGGUGGAGAAGGCUCUGCUUCAGAAUGGCUGCCUGGCGUGGCCCGUGGUGUAUCUGUCAGCGACUCUGGAUCAGCAGCUGGCCAGUCGGGUCAGUGACAUCAUCACUCGGCACCAGGGCUCUGUAACGGAGGACGCGGCUCAGGCCACUCAUCAUGUUUACCCCUCACUCAACACACAAGAGGAAGAUGAGUGGUUGAGGCCGGUGCUGAGGAGAGACAAACACGUGCUGGUGCACUGGGGAGCACACCCUGACAGUUACGACAGCUGGCUGCCUGGCAGUGACAUCGAGGCAGAGGUGGAAGAGGCACCCAGCGCUGGCCGCCAAUGGAAGGUGCAUGUGAAGUGGGCGCUGGAGUCGGACUCGUUUAACGAGUGGAUGAACGAGGAAGACUACGAGGUGGACGAGAGCGGCAAGAGCCUUAUCCAACGCCAACGCAUUUACACGCGCGACGAAGAGGAGCGAAAGACGAGUGGGAAGAAGAGAAGGCGGUCCCCCUCUCCUCAGCCGACGGAACCCAGGAAGAAAGGAUCAAAGAAAGGCUCUGGCUACUACAAGAGGCGUGGCCAACAGCAGGAGGAGGAGCCAGAGGAGGAUCUGACCAAAGACAUGGAGGACCCCACACCAGUUCCCAACAUGGAGGAAGUCAUACUGCCCAAGAAUGUGAACCUGAAGAAAGAUAGUGAGAACACCCCAGUCAAAGGAGGGACCAUGGCAGACCUGGAUGAUCAAGAAGACGAGUUUCUGUCUGGAGUCCGGGAUGAUGAGGAGGGGAAGUUGGAUUUGAGUGGAGGAGAGGAGACGGCAACCGAGCAGACACACCACAUCAUCAUUCCCAGCUAUACGGGCUGGUUCGACUACAACUGUAUCCAUCAGAUAGAGAGGAGGGCUCUGCCAGAGUUCUUUAACAGCAAGAACAAGUCCAAAACACCAGAGAUCUACCUGGCGUACCGUAACUUCAUGAUCGACACGUACCGCCUGAACCCUCAGGAGUACCUCUCCUCCACCUCCUGCAGACGCAACCUCACUGGAGACGUGUGCGCCAUCAUCAGGGUGCAUGCGUUGCUGGAGCAGUGGGGUCUGGUGAACUACCAGGUGGAGGCGGAGUCCCGCCCCCUUCCCAUGGGCCCGCCCCCAACCCCCCACUUCAACGUCCUAUCAGACGCCCCCAACGCACUCGUACCCCUACAACACAGACCCCUACAGGUGACUGCGUCCCAGCACAUGCUUCAUUUCCCCGAGAAGGGCCGAGAGAAGCCGUCAGACCUGCAGAACUUUGGACUCAGAACAGACAUCUACGCCAGAAAACACCCCAAGAGCAAAGGAGCCAGUGCAGGAAGAGAAUGGAUGGAACAGGAGACGCUACUACUGCUGGAGGCUCUAGAGAUGUAUAAGGACGACUGGAACAAGGUCUCGGAGCACGUUGGCAGCCGGACGCAGGACGAGUGUAUUCUGCACUUCCUGCGUCUGCCCAUCGAGGACCCGUACCUGGAGAACUCUGAGGCCUCAUUGGGCCCGCUUGCCUACCAGCCCGUGCCCUUCAGCCAAUCAGGAAACCCCGUCAUGAGCACCGUGGCGUUCCUGGCCUCCGUGGUGGAUCCACGCGUCGCGUCGGCCGCCGCUAAGGCAGCGCUCGAGGAGUUCUCUCGGGUUCGUGAGGAGAUGCCUGCAGACCUCCUGGACGCAAAAAAAACAGAGUCAUCAAGGAGCUUUGGAGCACAGCUCAAAACAGAUUCGGACAGAAUGGAUACAGAUACAGAACUGUCUGAAAAGGGUGAGGAGAGGGGUGAGGGGGAGUCGUCUGAGUCCACAGAAGCCGACCGUGUCAAGAGUGAGAGCUCGGAACAAGAGCUCAAUGACAAGGAGAGGAGACAGCACACACCAGGUGAGGAGGACGUUGUGAAGAGCGCAGAGCUGGAGGUGGUGGAGGCCAACAUCUCAACUGCAGCGGCAGCCGCACUCGCAUCAGCAGCCACUAAAGCCAAGCACCUGGCCGCAGUAGAGGAGCGUAAGAUCAAGUCUCUGGUGGCCUUGCUGGUGGAGACGCAGAUGAAGAAGCUGGAGAUCAAGCUGCGACACUUUGAGGAGCUGGAGACCAUCAUGGACCGAGAGAAGGAGGCCUUGGAGCAGCAGCGUCAGCAGCUGUUGACUGAGCGUCAGAACUUCCACCAGGAGCAGCUGAAGUACGCGGAGCUGAAGGCCCGACAGCAGAUAGAGGCCCAGGGACCAACACACACACCUUACAUGCAGCACGCAGGUCGUGUGAUUGGUGCAGGAGGGCCUGGUCAGAUGAUGGGACCUCGACAAGGAGGCGCUCCCAACGGCAUGUACCCGACGCCGCCCAUCGCACAGCCUGAUGGGAUAGCACCUGGUCCUGCAGGACCGCCCCACAUGCCGGGACGACCCCCCGCAGACAGCUGAACACACACACACACACACACACACACACACACACACACACACACACACACACACACACACACACACACUCACUCACUCACUCUGGGCCGACUCCCUGCUGAAGACACACACACAUACACACACACACACAGACACACCACUUUUCACACACACUCCCUGCCUACAACAAACAUGACUUGGCAGCACAGACGACUGUAUACUGUAUAACAGACUGCCAACCAGACAACAGUUUCAUAGCUUAGGUUGCGGUAACCCUCGCACAGAUUACAAAAAACACACACGCACACAAAUACGCACGCACAAACACACGGACACACACACACACACACACACACACACACACACACACACACACACACACACACACGGACACACACACACACAUACACACACGGACAACAACACAGGCAUACUGUAUACACAUACACACACACACACAUAUGCCCGGACACAAACACACACAUAUGUGCACACAAGUGCACACACACACAUUUUCAGUCUGGAAAGGGUAUCUGUGCUCAUCACUUGACACAAUGGGUCCACUAUUGGGAUGACUGGAUCUAUCCCAUCCUCCCUUGGCCACCUUUCUUCAGCCCAGUCUCAGCAUGGGGGUGCAUUUCUCGAAACGAUAGUUGCUUACUAUGUUAGCUACUUUGCUGUUUGCAAUACAAUUUUCCAUUGGCAACUACCCAAGUUUCUAACAGGCUAACAACUAUGCUUUCGAGAAAUGCACCCCAGGCAGUCAGUGAGCAAGUGAACACUGAAUCAGGGGUGCAUUUCUCGAAACCAUAGCUGCCAAUUACCUUAGCUAGUAGUAGCUACUUUGUUGUUUGCGACCCGAUUUCCCAUUGGCAACUACCCAAGUGGCUAACUGGGGUGCGUUUUUCUACAGCGUUAGCAACUUACUUGGUUGAUAUGCAAUUUUCCAUUGGCAAUGGCAACCUACUAAGUUGCUAACUGGUUAGCAACAAUGCUUUCAAGAAACGGGGUCCUGGCUAGCAACUACGCUUUCGAGAAACACACCUCUGAAAUCUUUACCUUUCUAAGGGAGAGAAGACAAAGCCGUUAAACAUUGUCGUCUACUGAUAUUGUGGAGUAGGAAGACUUCACUUCAGACAACAUCUCCAUCUUCAUUACAACUAUGCCCCCGUGGUCAGUCAGAUAUGUCUGGUGUCUUGUUUAUUAUUACUUUGUUCGUUUUUUUUAAAAGGAGACGCGUUGUGAUUUUUGUACCAGCGAUUUCUUCGGUGUCUGUUGAUGCGCGUCACGUUUUGAUAAAGGCUGUAUGUGCUCCCUCCUCGCAGGUUCAAAGUCCACCGUCAAAUAAAUGUUUUUGUAUGAA